AUGGCCCGUGGACGCAGACGCGGCCGCGACAAGGCCGCCGAGCCCGAGGAGCCGGAACAAGUAGAAAUUGCGGAGGAGCAAGCGCAGGUGGAAGAACACGCCGAAGAGGAGCCAGCGGCAGAAGAUGCCGACCAAGAUGUGGAAAUGCCAGACCCCGCCUCUGAACACGAGCCGGAAGUGCCAGGCGAGUUGCUGAGCUUGAAGUUCGACGAGGAACUGACCUGGAGACCGGGCAAGCCCAUUCCUCUCCAGACUCUUCUUGGUCGCCUCGAGCGUCUCUCCCAGGAGCUCAGCAGCAUGGAGCAGGACCAUGUUGACCUGGAUUCUCUCGCCGACGUCUCCCAUGCCCUCGGUCAGCGCAACCUAUUGACCCAUAAGGACCAGGGCGUCAAAGCAUACGUCGCUGCCUGCAUUGUCGACAUACUGCAGCUAUCUGCCCCCGACGCCCCUUUCACCUCGGACCAGCUGAAGAUCUUUUUUACCAUGCUCGUUUCGCACAUCUUCCCUUGCCUCGGCGACCAAUCUCAUCCGUACCAUAACCAACACAAGUACAUUCUCGCCUCCUUGGCCGAGGUCCAGAGCAUUCUUCUCAUCAACGACGUCGACGGCGCCGACGACUUGCUCUUGCGUCUCUUCUCCGCUUUCUUCGACACUGCCUCCGGCACCGGGCUCGAACAAGGCGUAGCCAAAGACAUUGGCGCUUCCAUGACCGAAAUCUUGGUCGCUCUGAUUGAACACUCCAGCGGAGUGAGCCCCAAGAUUAUUGAGGUCAUCAUGGCCCAGUUCCUCCGCGCCGCUCCUCCUGGCGGUGCCCAUGCGCGUGGAGAUCGCUCGGGCCAUCACGCCGCCCAGCAAUCAACCCUUCUCCUCAAGUCCGAGCCCCCCGCCUACCUCAUGGCCAAGGAAAUCUGCAACCAGUGCUCCGAUAAGAUGGUACAGUACGUGAGCCAGUACUUCAGCGACGUCAUCAUAGACGCCUCCCGCUUCGCCGUCAAGUCCAAUGGGCACCGCCACGACGACGAGCACGACGACGACGAUGGUCCCAGGGGUCCUACCGAGGCCGAGCUGAAGGAAUUGAGGAAAGCACAUCUCCUCAUCAAGGAGCUAUGGCGCGCCGCUCCCGACGUCCUUCAGAAUGUCAUCCCUCAGGUUGAGGCCGAGCUGUCCGCCGACAACGUCGAGCUUCGCCAGAUCGCCACCGAAACCCUGGGAGAUAUGAUUGCCGGUAUUGGAGCGGCGGGCCCGCCUCCCGCCCCGAUCAUCGACCCUGCCGCCUACCCCCCGCUGCGGUUAUCAGACGAGGAGCCCGACACGACGACUGCGACCAGCGCUCUUACCACCCCUCUAUCCCCGCAAUCCUUUGCGCAGACCCACGCAGUCGCCUACCACAGCUUUCUCGGCAGGAGGCAAGAUAGGACGCCGGCAGUCCGUGCCGCUUGGACCACCACGGUUGGGUAUAUCCUGUCGACAUCCGCCGGUGGCAUUGGUCUGAGCAGGGAGGAGCAGGCCGAGCUGAUCCGGGCCCUGGGCGACAAGCUCAACGACAGCGAUGAGAGGGUCAGGUUAGCAGCCGUCCAGACCAUGGAGCUCUUCGGCUUUCGCGAUUUCGUCCUGAAGCUUGGCCCCACGGGGGGUAUCGACAAAGAAGGCUCCAUACUCCGUAGCCUGGCCGAUAGAUGUCGCGAUAAACGACCGGCAGUACGCGUCGAUGCCAUGACCUUCCUUGGGAAUCUCUGGGGGGUCGGAGCGGGUGAGCUGGCCAGUGGUCAAGACGUGGUGAUGCCCCUCAACGGCAUCCCCUCGGUCGUGUACAAAGCCUGGUAUGCCAACGAUCUGGAGCUGAACAUCCUCAUCGAUCGGGUCAUUUUCGAAUGUUUGUUGCCACUUUCGUUCCCGCCCAUCAAGAGCAAGGGUACCAAGGCCUCGGCAAGCCAAAGCCAGCCCAGCGGCACCGGAACUGUGUCCGAUCAAGACCGAAUACGCGCCGAGAGAAUCCUGCUGCUCGUUCAGUCUCUCGACCCACAGGCGAAGAAGUCCUUCUUUACUAUGCAGGCCCGGCAACCGCAGUUCGCCGGCGUCCUGGAGGCUUUCAUAAAGCAAUGCGAGGCAUACAACGGGGGUGUCAUGGACGGCGCUGGUCCGAGGAAGACGGCCGCCCUGGAGAAGACCAUUCAGUACAUCGCUCAGUUUUUCCCCGAUGCGGCCAAGGUCAAAUCGGAUCUGUACAAGUUUGCCAAGGCGAACGACCGCAGGAAUUACCAGCUCAUCAGGUUCUCCAUUGGUUCCGAGAACGAUUAUAAAACAGUGCGCGGCGGCAUCAAGGAGCUCGUUAAACGAAUGCAGGGGGGGCCCGCGGCGAGCGCCCUCGACACUCUCAUCCCAUUUCUUUACCGUUCGGCCUGUCUCAUUUUCAACCGAAGCCAUCUCUCCACCAUUCUCGACUACUCGAAGACCGACAAGGACGGUUUCGGCCCAGUGGCCCACGAGAUCUUACACGAGAUUUCUCUACGCAACCCCGACAUGUUCAAGACCUUUGUCGUGGAUCUCUGUAAGGAGCUUGUCCAACAGUCGCCGUCCGAGCACAAUGAGAACGACCCGGCUGUCGUGGACAUUCUGCGGGCUUGCUCGGCCUUCGCAAAGAAGUACCCCGAUGAAAUCCCUAAUACCAAGGAGUUCGGCCGGGCUCUCACGAGCUACGCUCAAUUCGGUCGGCCUGUCAAGGCGGCCAAGUACGCCAUCAAAAUCCUCCUAGCCAAGGGGGACAAACAAGGCCUCGUUCUGGCGACAUCGCUGUUCGAUAGGGUUAUGGCGAAUUUCGAAUACGGCUCGCCUUACUUCCUGAACAAGCUACAGUGCUUGGCCCAGCUCUAUCUCCAGGCGCCCAAGGUGACGGAAGGGUCCGACCAGGAGAUCGUGGACAUGGCCGUCCAGAAAAUCGCCCGUCAAGUUCGCACCGAGGCGUCGGAUAAGGACCCCGAAUGGGUAGACGACGCCGACAUGGACGAAGAGCUUCGGGCCAAAGAACUGUCCCUGCGCAUUGCUGUCAAUCGAGUCCGGAGCGUCGAAGACGUCGAGGAGGCAAAGGCCCAGGCCGGUCCGGUGUUCAAGCUGCUGAUGACGCUCGUCACGAAGCAGGGCGAAUUGUGCAAGGAGAAGGACACGCCCAACCACCACAAGGCUCGUCUUCGUCUCCUGGCUGGUCAGCUGGUUCUCAAACUAUGCACGCAAAAGCACUUUGACGAUAUUUUCAGCCACAAGGAUUUCCAUAACCUUGCGUUUAUGACGCAAGACAGGGAGCCGGCCGUCCGCCGCGGCUUCGUGGAGAAGCUCAUGAAGAAUCUUGUGCUCAACAGACUCCGGCACCGCUUUUAUACCAUGAUCUUUCUGACGGCGUACGAGCCCAUGGCCGACUUCAAGCAGCACAUCGAGACAUGGAUUCGAUCACGGGUGCAGUUCAUGCAGUCGAACGGGGACAAGAACAAUAUGGAGGCGCUCAUCGGAAGGUUAAUACCCCUUCUGGCGCACCAUCCUGAUUACAGUCCGGAGAUGGAAUAUCUUGUGGACCAUGCCCGUUACCUUGUCUUCUACGUCAGUCACGUCGCAACGGAGAAGAACCUGGGAUUGAUCCAUCGCUAUGCCGAACGCGUCAAGCAAACCCGGGACCUCCUUAACCCGGAGAAGAGUGAGAACCUCUACGUCUUGAGCGAUCUUGCUCAGGCGGUGAUCAGGAAAUGGCAAGAGAAGAAGGGCUGGAGUUUCCAGGCGUAUCCCGGGAAGGUGGGCUUGCCAAUGGGUCUCUACGCGGCGCUACCGAGCCACGAUGUUGCGCAAGAAGUGGCGAGAAAGCUAUAUAUCCCCGAUGGAAUCGAGAACAGACUGGAUGAGGUUCUGAGGUCGGUCGACAAGAAAAAGAAACGCAAGACAACCGACGACCGCGGCGAAGGCGGCUCUGCGGCGAAGAGGAUUCGCACCAAGGAACCUAAACCCCAGACCACCAAGGCGACUAUAGCAUCCAAGAAGAGCAAGCCGGCUGCCAAGCCCAAACCGAAACCCAAAUCCAGCAAGCCUAAGAUGCGAAAGGAAUCCGAACUCGCCAUGGACGAGGGAGAACGCAGGCGAAGCGGGCGCAGCAGGAAGAGCACGUCGGCUUAUCAAGAGCGACAUUCUUCCGAAGACGAUGCCGAGAUGUGGGAGGGCGUGGCAGAGUGGGAGUAUGAAGGAGAAGAAGGAGGAGGAGGCGAGAAAAGCGCGGCAGAAGGAGACGACGGUGACGUGGUGUCUGGGGAGGAACCGGGAUCAGAUAUCACGCAGGAAGACGACGAAGCUGAGCCAGCGUUGAAGAAGAAGAAGAAGAGGACGGCGGCGGCGGCGACGGCUGUUGCAAAAGCCAAGGCGGCGAAGAAGAAAGCCGAGGACCGAGACGAUGACGACUCGUCCGUUUUGUCUGAGCCCGAAUCCUCCGUCCUCUCGGAACCGCAAGACGACGGCGAAGAGGCGGAUAAGGAGGACGAAGAAGACGAAGAGGGCGAUGAGGGCACAUCACCCACCACAGCACGGACCCGGUCGACCGGCAGAAAGGGCCGGAAUGCCGCGUCGGCGGAGCUUCCGUCCCGACCGGCUGUCAAGAAACCGCCUCCCCCCGGCAAGAAGCAGCAAGCUGCGGCCUCUGCUGGAACCCGAACCAGGGCAUCCAGGCCGGCUGCCAGGGAAGUCAGCGAUUCGGAGUUUGACGGGGAUUGA